AUGGAUAUCUUGGAAAACAUUCCGAGAGUUAGAACAGAUGGACCACCAUACUGGCUAAUAUUUGUCGGUCAAAACACAAGAUACUGUGAAGCCAUACCAUUAUGGUCCAAAAAUAUUUUAGAUGUGAAAACUGCUUUGACAAUAUUCGUUGACAAAUACCAUCCAACAAAACUGACAUCUGACUGUGAAAGUUCUUUCAAAUCAGAUGAUGUAAAAAACUAUCUGCGUUCAAAAAAUGU